AUGUUAUCAAGGGUAGUGUUAAGACGUACUAGUCCUUUAAUCAGGGUAUCUAGACAGAUCCAAUCCAUUAGACUCAAUUCCUCUAAGCUGGACCCCUCUGAGAAAAUCUUCAAAGAAUAUGAAAAACCAUUAGAGAAAAAGGAAAAACAAGAAAAUGUUGAUAAUUUACAAGGUUUGAAGGAUAAGUUUAGUGAUAAGAUCCAAGAUGUUAAAGUGAACCUUGGUGAUUCCAAUGUUGCCCAAGGAAUGGAGAAAUUGGCUGGAAAUGAGGUUUUUGAGAAAUACUCCCUGAAAUUACAACAGAAAGCCAAAGAGUUGGGUAUCCCUGUUGAAGAAUUGAAACAGAGAUUCCAAGAUGAAAUCGAAAGAGUCAGAACUCAGCUUGGCGGUGUUGAUCCAACCGAGGAAUUACAAGAGUUGUUGAAGAAACAAGAAGAAGAAAAGAAGAAAGAUGGCACCAUUAAAGUUCGUGGUAAGAUCGAUCCAGAUACUCCAAAAUUACCAUACAAGACUUUAGACGAUUUCGUUAAUGUUGGAAAGACUAGAGAAUUACCUCGUGAUGAUAUAAUUAAAAUCUGGAAUGCUAGAUUUGCCAGUAAUGAUCGUGCAUUACAUGCUGUUUUAUCCCAUUUGCAAUUUGCAGAAUUGUACGUCAAUGCAUUCAAAUACCAGCAAUUUAUUUUACCGGUUCCAAAACCACUGCAAGACGGCUAUGAAUUGCAAUAUGUCCAAUGGCAGUUUGUUGGAGCCGAAACAAUAAACUGUAUGUUUACCACAUUGGCUGAGUACAAAUUGCACGGCGAGUAUGCUUCGCCACAUACCACAUUGACCUUCCAUUUGGAAUUGGCUGAAGAUAAGGAUCUUGUAUUGAUGAAUGGAUAUGUGGAUAAAGAAAGCGGUAUCACCAUGGAUGAAGCUCAUUUAUUAGUGGUUAAUUUGCAACGAUUCUAUAGUGGGAAAUACCCAGAAAAGACAAAGUUGUUAAAAGAGUUCAACGAAGGUGAUGAAAACUUUAACAUUGACGAAUUGAUUCAACAAUCUACUACUGUAUAA